AUGACGGAACGAAAAAAGAAGAAGCUGGAACAAGACGUAGGUAGCAUCAGAGAACUCCUUGAAGCAUUGAAAAACAUGGAAAAAGAGAGCAGUGCAAAAUACGAAGCUGCAAAUUUUGUGAGCGAAGUCAAGACAUGCUUGGAGAAUCUUAAAGACAGAGAGACGAGGCCAUAUGCUAUUUUAGCAAUUUCUCAGAUAUUUAAACUUCUAAAAUCAUCAUCCAACAUGUUUUCUACCAUUUUAGAUGAUGAUGCCUUGAACUUUAUCUUUGAGUCUGUUCUUAAAUGCAUUACAGAAGACAAAGCGGAUAUUUCUGGAUUUGUUUCUGAGCUAAUCUUCAUCCAUUUCAAGAACACUCAAAUAAUUUGGAAAUUCUUCGAGGCGUAUACAAAAACAGCAUUUAACAGAGAAAUGCUGAAACAAAUACUGGCCAUGUUUAUUGAAACCAGUAGCGACAGGGAAAUGCUCGUUGGCAUGGUUCUUAAGAAGUACGAUUCAUAUCUGGAUUUCAUUCCAAGGAUCAUAAAGUAUGUCGAUGUUGAGAAACUUGAUGAGGAUUUGUAUGUUAAAAUCUACUGCGAUUGCCAGUUUUUCAGAGAAAACACAGAACCAAGAAUUGUUAAGGGCAGAAAAAGACGAGGUUUUAUUGAAAAUGCAUUAGAUCUUCAUCCUGAAUUUGUACUUAAGAACUACAUUAGGGAUCGGGACCACAGGAUUAGGAUUCUACUUGCUGGAAAAGUCUCGUUUUCCAGUGAACCUUAUUUCAGCAUUUUACUGAACGAUUCGGAAGAUGAAGUAAGACUAGCGCUAUUGAAGAGAAUGAACUAUUUCAACGUACCGCCCACUGUCUCUGACAGAUUGCUCGAUAAAUCAGCAAGAAUCAGGGAGGAGCUUUUUAGAAUGUAUCGAGAAUUGAUACACCAAAUGAGAAUAAUUGAUAGUUCUCAUAGCUUGAAACUAUUUGAAGAUGCAUCAGAUCAGCCAGCCAUUGUGGACGGAAAGCUCGGAUUUCAGAAGGAACAUGCCGAGCUUUCCUUGGAUGAAAUGUAUGAAAAAUUUACAAAGUUCUUCUCAAAGCUUUCUGAAGGUUGUCUUACCUGUUUUUCAGAAGAAUAUAUUUCUGAGAUUAGAAGAUCUGGUUUUUCUUUGGAAUUUCUGUCUAAAAACGAAGAUGUGCCGGGUCUUCGCGUCUUUCUCAAGACCAUGUGUAUCACUAAUUUCAACCAGAUUCCAGCACACUUAAGAAGCUUCUGUCUUGAAUACAUGUUUGCAGGCACCCUUAAUGACGCUCAAAUCAGGGAAUGUAUUCAAAAUAACGUCUUUGAGGUCUUGAAAUACAUCGCCGAUCCGUACCAUUAUUACGAUUUACUGCUAGAAAAGACAUUGACCUCCACUGACAUGGGCUCUGUAGAAGUAAUAGUUGAAUUUAUAAAAGAAAUGCUUAGCUUUAAACCACUGAUUAGAUCGAAAAAGAACAUGCCGAGUAAUGAUACUUUGAGGGAUACUGUUGUUGGGGAUUCGGAUAUCUUGAAUUCUAUGGAUAUGCUAACGUCCAAUGAGAUAUUUAUAAAUUCGCAUACCAAAGCCAGUACCGAGUUUGUUGAAAUGAUAACUGCAAAGAUAGGCUCUGAGGUUGACUAUUCCUGUCUCUAUUUCUUCGUUUAUAAAUGUCGAUCUGACCCGCGCACCAUUCAAAGUAUAUUAAAAAGUAAAGCCAAUGUUUCUGAAAGAAUUAGAUUGUUGAUUUAUUUAAAUCUACCUGAAACUCUUGGAUCAUUUGUGGAUUUAAUUCUGAGAUGCAAACUAGAUUAUAGAACUCAGCAGUUUAUUCUUUUGAGGCGAACCACUACGUCUGCACUGAUAUAUUUUCUAAGUACAGGACAUGUCUCAAUUUCCAAUUCUUCCUUUUUCAUUAAAGCAAUCAAGUGCUGUCUGGCGUCCUCAAGCCCAGACAAGGUGGAGUAUGUCUUCAAGAGAUAUGUAAAGUCUGUAAAAGAAUCGGCUUUCAAUGUAUUUUACUCCAUAUGCUGGAUACUCAAGGGCUACAGUGUUACCAACAUUGGCGAUCAAAAUAAAGAUACAGACAAUAGUAGCUUCCAUGAAAUUAAAAACAGCAUUGCUAGCGCCAGUGACCAUGCCACUCAUAAUAGUAGCAUUGUUGAUAGCAAUGACAGUUUGGUGUUAAAUCCUAUGAUUGCUGAGAGCACAAAGCCUUCAGCUCAUUUUGAUGCACCAAGACUUACAGACACCGUCGUAACUUUGCCUAAUGCAGCUGACGAAAGCCUCAAGAAUCCUAAUAUUCUAAGCAAAACCCAGGAUGGCAUCAACGAAAACACUGCUAUGCCAAUAAAGGAUCUGGCUAGUGAAGGUUUGAAAAGUAACAAGUCGGAUGAGCACCGUAAAUCCUCAAAAUUAAGAUUGACAAAGCAAGACAAAAUGUUGCAGUGUAUUUGUAAUGCUGUGGUUAGUGCGAGAGACGGACAGUGUAUUGACAUAGCCUUUAAUCCCACGAAGCAUGGAUUUUUUAAACUGCGUGACUGCCAUGUUGAUAUGGUUUCAUAUGGACAAGUGGUUUAUGAAUAA